AUGGCGACUUUCUAUCCCCAUUCACAGCCGCCGUGGGCUUCUGAUCGGGCUUCACCGCGGCUGCACGCUGGCAAUCCUAUGACGCCGAUUCACUCCCCGCACCACUCACUCACUUCCACAGUCUCCUCACGGACCCCGAUUCACACGCUCACUAUUCACGAAUACCGCAAACAACAGCACACGCCUACGCUAACCCGGAAGGACACGCCACCGCCAGGCAAAACGCUCCGGAGGAAACCUGCAGCGCCUGUACUGAGCGAUAUUGAGCGUGCUGCUUCGGUACCACCCUCGACUUGGCCUGACUCCGGUCUGCCACAACGCUCUCUUCACUUUUCACAAUCAGCUCAUCAACUGAAACCGACUUUGCAUGCUUUCCAUCAACAAACACGACCCGACCUACCGUUUCGAGCGCAGUCGACUGAACCUCGCCAGCAGACAGGUAGCAUUUCAAGCCUAUCCACUACUAGCUCAUCUAGCAAGGUACGUUACUUCAACCCGAGAAAGAGGUUGCCGAGACCGCCUGCCACCACAGGUUUGGUUGCAUUUCCCCCCUCUCCUGUGGAUGUAGCAUCUCCACAAACACUACCACUGCCCCCAACUACGCCGAGCCUGUCCACGGAGCGCACACGGUGGAGUGACGCACAAACAACAAAAACGCAUUCGUCAUUUUCGCUAUCGCGAUUCCCACAGCCACCCCACCGAGUGGACUCGUCACCCUCUUUAUCGCUAGACGAAAGAGAGCCUGUUCAUGUGAACCCACAAAAUUUCGCAGCUACUAAGCCCGCAACGCCACCCACAACACCUGCAACCAUUCACUACCGGGGUGCCUCGUUCGAUCUGGUAAACCCCCGCGACUCCCUGUUACUGCACGAUAUUGUCACUCCCUCACGGGAUUUCGACUCCAGUGACUACUUCCCUGUGCCCACUUCCGACGAAGUCUUUUCAGAGAUGGCUCCCAAGCGAGCUGUGUAUGGAGAUUUCUAUGCGGCGCACGCAGGUAUUUUGAGACAUCCCGCAGAUUCUCCCAGUCAGUCAAAUACGGAUCUUCCAGCUCCUCCAACGCCCGCAGCUCUCAGUCCGAAUUCCUCUUCAUAUACGUCUCCCAUAUACAGUCCAGAAUCUGCCGAUAUACCUUCUCCUUUGUUUGUUAAGACACCUGGACGCGAAUCGCGCUUCUCUCUCAAAGGGUUGACUCGCAGCUUGACACAGCGACUGAGCAAAGCACCACCAAAGCCCCAAGAUGAGGAGCUACAGGAAUUUCACGAUAGAAAAGUAAGCACGGAGACAAUGAGCAUGGACUUGGAAUUUCCACGGUCCUUUCGACCACAUAUCUCGAUACCCGAGACCUCUUAUGACCCAGUCGAUCCAAUGUCUCCUGUGACACCUGUUGGCCCUAUGUCGCCUGAGGACUUUCCAGCCUUCUCUCCGGGACAGGAUGAGGCAAAGCUGUCAUGGAAGUAUUCGAUAAAGCGAUAUGAGACACAGCCGCUUUCGUCAAUGUUACCAGAGGACAAAGCUACACAGCUAGAGCCAAGGCCCACUUCACAGUUGCCACACUUGGAGGAAAGCAGUUUGACCAAGCCCUACGAUGAUGAUAUGGAAUCGAUAUAUCCAAGCUCGUUAAUCUACACUAGAGAUGAUCGUCGCGCGUCAAGUUACCAACAGGGCCUUACGAGCAAUCGCAGCAACAAGGCCAAUUCAUUGGAGUGUGGAACACAACAGCCUGCGUUGCAAGAAGUUAAAAAUGGCUUCUUAGAACGACCAGCAUUCACUCAUCCUCCGGGUUUGCCUCCACAAGAGAUACCGCCACUCGCGCCAGCUUUUGAGUAUAAUGAAUCUCCAUUUGUCCCUUCGACUUCGGGAAUUUCUGGUAUAACUUCCGACGAAUCGGCCGACUCUUAUGGAGAUACACGGGGUCUUCUACAUGUCUCUCGUUACGAAGACCCUAUACAGCCUAGUCUAACGCAGACCCUGGAGCCUUCUUCAGCAUACUCUCAACCAAAGAUCAACCCUCUCGGACCCUCCUCGUCGUACUCACAAGUGGACGUUGAUAGUCCCAAUACACCCAAGGAAGCUCUUGAUCAGGCAGAAAAAAUCUUUCAGGAUACAGCGAACCAACAAGUAAUUGCCAACCAAAUCCCAGCCAUCUGGGCUAGACGCAACUCGGGCAGCCAACUGUUAAACAGAACAGUCACUAACAGAUCUUUGGAUAAUAAAGAGUCAGCUGCUGUAGAAGAGCGAGAUGAUUGGGAAACAGUCGGUGGCAACAGUAGAGACUCAAAAGAUCACGGGUCGCUCGACAGUAUCGCAGACUAUAGCAGUUAUGAGGAAACGCGCAAAAGCAUCGGGUUGAAUUCGGAUGGUUCACUCCCAUCUUGGGUAAAACAACCUCAGUCACCAGCUCGAUCAAACUAUUACAGUCACCCAAGCCCGAUCCUUAAUCAGCACUCACAUCCUUUCAGGUCGUCGCCUCCUGAAUUGAACAUCCGCUCAGCCAUGCGCACUACGCCCAACACUUCUUCCUCUCCGUUACCCGCUGGGCCGGUGAACCUAUAUGCCUUCGGUGAAAAAGAAACACAAGAAUUAUUGGCUUCUGGCCCUAAUGAGAACAUCAUCAUCGAUGAGCCGUCAACAGCACAUGCCCCUCAAUCAAAUGUGUCUGGAAAUCAAGAUCCGGCAGACAUGUCAAGCGCUCCGGGCGGUCCCAUCGGUCAAGGACGGCAAACCAUGCUCGAGAAGCUCUCAAUUGUCGGUUCAAAAGGCAAGUCCACCGGCACUCCUCGCGAAACCAGUACUCGUAAAACAAUCAGGAGUGUUACAAGCACUAGCAGUACUGGUUUGAGACAAAGUUCGACGGUUGGCCGACAAAACUCCCGUUCGGACUACACUGGGUUUUAUGCAUCGCCGUUUCCUGCUACUGGCAGCGUCACACGGAUAAGCCAGCGUUCGUCAACCCAUGGACCAAAGCAUAGCCGGGCGUCAUCUGAGAUGACUCUCUUCCCUAGUUCAAAGGCAUUGAGACAAGCGCAAGAGACCUAUUCGCCUCUUGAUGGUUGUCGGGACCUCCGGAACUCGACUACUUUUGUACGAAAUCCACGUCGCGCGAGUAGAUCCGCUGUACCAGGUCAGACCAAAUUACGGGAAAUGUUUCUCUCGCCCGAAGCUCGGCCAACUUCUUCAAAACGCACUCAUACCAUGCACUUUGUAGGUGGUGAUCGACCAUCGACUAGUGAUACCAACACACCUCUGCAUCGUUCAUUCCCUAGCCUUGAGAUUCACCCAGCUACCUCUCGAAGUACCGUUGGCUACAUACACUCGCCUCACUUGCUCUGUGUAGAACGUAAAGCCAAUCCCGAAGAUGAGGAAAGAAGGCGUAAGCUUUCUUGGAUGAUAUUCGCGGCGUUUUGCAUAUUUCCACCGGCUAUCAUCCUCUUUCGCUUCAUGGGAGACAGUGUCAUUGCUUCAAUGACUGACGGUCAUCUUGGUCACUGCACGCCAUAUUCAAAAAGGAUGGCGCUUAUUGCCGGCAUCGCAGUGAACGUUUGCCUUGUUAUUGCAGCACUUGUGCCAGUGUUGGUUGUGCAUGCACUGAACGUUGCAUGA